AUGGCUUCCCUUUUAUACUUUGCGUCAAUGGUUGAAGGUUUAUUCUGCAAAGAUGUGUCCUGUAUAUCCGGAGUCUUGUUGAAUGAUAUCUUUUUGAAUGCUCAAGAAGCUAAAGAUCAAUUUGAGCAUGGGUUUGAAAGUGAAGCUUUUAAUCGUCUUGAAGAAAUAUCAAAAACAAUAAACCUUUUAAAAGACUUUAAAUCUAAAUAUGCCGAGCUGAACAUUAGGCAACUUACACCAUCAAUUACUACUCCACAACCACAACCGGCCGCUGCCCCUGUGGCUGUGGAACCGUUGCUACCUAAUACCGUUAAGUCUGUUAAGCGUACCAUUCAAGGAAAAUAUGAAAAACCAAAAAAAGCUAUCAAAACUAAUGUGGAGGAUACACCUACAAUUACUAGCGAAGUAUAUUCUGUGAAUGUUCGCGAACUACCAACUGUACCAAAUGUACCAAAUGUCACAAAUGUCACAAAUGAUCCCUAUACAAAUCAGCCUCCUCCACCAGUUUAUGCACCUGCUGGUGUACUUCCUAAUGCUCCUCGUACUCAUACACAUGCUCCAUUGGAUCCUAAAAUGCAAAAAUUGGAUGAGUCCCCCGAUUUUCGUCCUUUCAAAUUCCGAAUACAAGCUUUUACUAAUGCUUUUCACGAAGAAUUACUUCGUCAUGGUUAUACCGAGGAAAUUUUACCCUUAAGAAAAGUUAAAAAUUAUUUAUGGACACAAAGAUACAUUUCUCGAUUUAAUGAAGAUGGUAAAAAAGCUAAAUCUAAGGGUAAUCACGUAUGGAAUAUUGAAGCAAAAAAAACACCAAGUGGUGGUUGGAUAUUCCGCGAAUUUACUCGUAAAAUUGCCGGAAUUCCGGAUAAAAUUGCUUAUGUUGGUGUAAAGUAUACUUAUGCGCCUAGAGUUUGGGAUCCACAAGUAAAUGUUAAAUCAAUUAAGGCAGUGUUUCAUUCUCCGUGGUUACCAGAUUGGCUUAGAUGGGAGAAUAAUGUCCUCACUGGUACUCCAGGAAUAGAUGCUGAAAAUUGUGAAAUAACUGCUAUUGCUAAUUAUUAUCACGGUGACACCGUCUACAAGUUAGAAAAAUCCUUUUAUAUUACUAUUGCGCACAUGGAUUCAUCUGAUCAAUUAAAUUUGAACUCGGUUGUAAGUGUUUUCGUUGAUUGCUGA